AUGAAGCAGAGAGACAUGGAGCGCAAACUCAAAGACGUGGAGGAAAAAUACAGAGUGGUGGAAAUAAAGCUUGAUGAAACGCAGGGACUGCACCAAGUCAGCGGACGGGGUGCUUCUCCAAGACUCGGUGCCCUCCUUUGCCAGGCAGCAUAUUCCCAGCUGCUGCAGACUGACCUUUUACCUUACCAGUGCCCUGAGGAACCUGAAGGUGACCAAGAAGAGAAGGCAGAUGACAAAGCAGUCUUAUUUCAAUCAGAGGCAGUCCAACGCACCUUCCUGAAUAAACUGAUAGAUGUAGCACUGGCGUGGCACAGAAACUUCCCCAAGGUGGCUCUUUGUCCCUCUCGCAACCUCCAGUGCUCCAUUCAUGCCAUCAAAAACACCCGGAGAAAAAUGGAGGACAGACAUUUGGCUUUAGCCGAGUUCAACCAGCUCUUUGGAAUUCAGGAUGAUGUAGAUCGUGCUUACUAUGCUGUGUUUGAUGGCCAUGGAGGGGUGGAUGCAGCAACCUACGCUUCCACUCACCUCCAUGUUGUUCUAAGUAAACAGGAGAUGCUGCAGAGUGAUGCAACCACAGCCUUUAAAACAGCCUUCAAACGCACAGAUGACAUGUUCAGAAACAAGGCCAAGAGAGAGCGUCUCCGGAGUGGCAGCACAGGAGUGGCAGUACUGAUCCAGGAUCAAGAGCUGACUGUUGCUUGGCUGGGAGACUCUCAGGCAAUACUGGUCAGAGAUGGGCAUGUUGUUAGACUCAUGGACCCACAUAAACCAGAGAGAGAGGAUGAGAAACAGAGAAUUGAGGAUCUUGGAGGCUGCAUUACUUUCAUGGGUUGCUGGCGUGUUAAUGGCACAUAUGCUGUAUCGAGAGCCAUAGGUGACUUUGACCAGAAGCCCUUUGUGUCUGGAGACGCUGAAAGCCUAACAAUGAAACUGCAGGGUGAUGAGGACUAUGUUCUUCUGGCAUGCGAUGGUUUCUUUGAUGCAGUUAAGGCGUCAGCAGUCCCACAUCUAGUUAUGGAUGCACUAAAGCUGGCUGGUAAACCAGAAGGAGGAACUGCUCCAGUGGAACAGUCCGAGGAUGAUGUGGGGGCAAGAGUCGCCCAACAGUUGGUGGGUAAUGCUAAGACAGCUGGUUCUAGUGAUAACAUCACAGUAAUGGUGGUGUUCCUGCGCCCACCAGAGCAACUGCUGGCUCAGUAGACCACCCUAGGAGUGCACAAGCUGCUCAGUACUCUACUUCUCGCCAUGCACCACAGCAAUACAGGAAAAGUGUGGUGCACAGACACCAUUGUGCCAAGCUGUUGCCUGCUUUUGUCCUCAGGUGCAUUAAGACAUGCUGCAGAUUGACGCUAGUCCAGGGAUGUCAAACUCGUUUUAAAUUGUGUCCCACACAAUUUGAUUUUAAGUUGGGCGAACCAGUGAAAAUCUAAAAAAAAUAAAUGCAAUUUUAACUGUACAUCUCAGUUUCCGUAUAAUAGAGUAGAAUAGAAUAGAAAAAAUAGCUCUUUAUUGUCAUUGCACAAGGGUUUAAGGGGGCCAACUGUGGAAAAUCAAACUUUUAUGUCCUUUAAUCUUUUAGAGUCUUUAUCAAUAGGAAUAGGAAUUAUGGUAGUACAGUUAAAAUCAAUGAAAUACUGCACAUUUUCUGAAGUCUUCCAGCGGACCACAUUAGAGUCUUUGCUGGGCUGAUUCCAGCCUCUGGGCCUUAUGUUUGACACCCCUGAUCUAGUCUCACUAUCGUGCUGCUUCGAAAUAAAAGCUUACACUGCUGUAUUGAGGCAACAGUGUUUGAAAAGUUCUAAUAGAUAAUGCAAGGGCCACACUAACCCCCAGUGCUGCAACCUGCACAUCCCAAAUGUGCCUGCUCUCUAAAAUAGCUACUUCACUUUUCCACUUGUUUGACUGUUACUGAAUUUAAGGACAGCUGGUCCAGCUUUUGUUGUCAGUAUUGAUCUUGAAAUAUUGAAAUAUUGAUCUGAUGUGGCACUAGCUGUUAAAACAGCUAUGUGUCUUGGUGGAUUUGUAUUUCUAUAAAAAUACAAAUGAUAAUAAUUCCAAAAAUUUUAUAUAUGUUUCUGUUAUGUUCCAUUGUCACUCUGAUGUGUGAUUAUGACAGAAGUCUUACUGAGUGAUUCUGUGGGGGAAGCAAAGAAAGCCACAACUUGAACUUUAUGAGCAGCUGAACACCCGUUUGCGAGAUGAAAUAGCUACAGAAUACUCACUGCUCAAUAAUCAAAGCUCAGUUUAACCACAAAAAUGGAGACUGUUUUUAAUAUUUUCAGUGUUAGCUCUGCUUGUUACUAACAUCAUAUCCUGACACCUUUUUCUGUUUAAGAUAGAAAGGUUUGCCUCCUCUUGGCCUACAUACCGUUAAGACAUUCUGUUACCCUUUUAACCUCUUCAUUAUCAUGUUUUAUUCAUUUUUUUUUGUUCUUGUUCACCAUGCCUUAUCAGUAUGUCCUCAUUGCAAUAUUAACAUAUAAUGGAAAUCACAGACAAUGGCGGAUAAUGACAUUAUAAAUGUGCUUUGUUUUUAAUGUGCAAGUGAUACCUUUUAUGUUACAAAAUGAAUAGUUUUUGUGUCUAAAAAAUGCAUUCAAGAGCUGGGGGAUGGGGCAGUCACUUAACUCAGUGGAAGCGAGGGAGCACUGAUGUGGAACAUUGAUAAUAAAUUCUGAUGCAAUUCCUGUGUUUGUUUGUUUGUUCUAAAAUGUCAGAAUCUUUAAAACUGAAGUCUUGACAAUAAUGUUUCCCGUAACACACAAAGAAAUAAUAAUACAUUUCAUAUUGUGUAUUGCAGAGAAGAAGAUUUAAUAUUGUCUCAAUAAACAGCCGUGCAAACACAA